GGUAUGCAUCACUAGUUGUCAACAUUUUUAAUAUAUCCAGAUCACUUUUCUUAUGACUGCAACGUUUUGAAUUCUAUAUAUAUUUUUGGAUAUUUUGAAGAUCGACAUGUGGUUAAGAUAUUUUGCAAUUUUGUUUUCGAUAUUGAUUAAUGCUGAAUGCAGCAAUGUUUGUAGUUCUGUGCAAACAAGUGCCAUGGCAAGUAGAUGCUUAGACCAACAACUUGGCAACAUUGGAAGCCAAUUACAAAUUGGAUCCAUUGUGGCUGCUUCGAUUCAACAAUACCAUUAUGUUUGUGGAAAUCUACCAGAAUUUGUAUCCUGUCUUCAAACUAUUUAUACUGGAUCGUGCCAAAUGACCAAUGCUACUGCCCAAACAAACAUUCAACAACAAACCCAGUUUUUAUCUUGGGUUUGUAAUAAAGCAUUUGGACUACUGAUGGCUGUCAUCCCUUGCCUAUCAAACCCAUCGACUAAACAAUCACUUCAAGAUUGCGGCUCUGGCGUAUCUAACAACUGCAGCACUUUAAACAAUAUGGUUCUCUGCCGAAUGAAUGUUGCAAAUAAGUGUAGUUACGACGCGAUGCAGUUUACUCGAAGUUAUUGGGAAAUUACUCUCAGACUCAAGCGGAAUAUUCUCAAUUGCCCUCCACCUACCUAUGGUAUGUCUACGAUGUCUCCAACAGGAAUUCUUUGUUCUGCUGCUGCUGUCGGCUCAGUCUAUUCACCAGUCUUGAUUCCAGUCAGUUUUCUUCUUGCCAAGCUGCUGUUUCAGUCGGUGCCAGAUAUAGAGUAGAACGCUUCCUGCCAAAAAUUCCAAUACAUUUUGAAAUAAAUAUUUCAUAAUUUUUCA